CUGGGAAUUUGCCUGGUCGAUGCAUGUCUGUUUGCUAUCUACAUCCCCCCGCAGAAUGGUGGAAAUGUCUGUAAUUUGCGCAGUGGGGUAUCCUAAGCAUUCUGCGCGUGACUAUUUUAUCUGUUGUCCAACAUGUCUUUUGUCCUCAGCCAUACGACAGGUGGUUUGCCUUUAUCAAGAGAAAAUAAAUGUCACUUUAAAUUAAGGCAUUUUUCACAUUAUUAUCAGCCAAGCAAUUCAUUCUCAUGAACAUAUUUACUCUCUGAGAUUUUACAGAAUUAUCUCAUUCUGUAUCACUGCAAAUGGUGGAUCCUUUUCCCAUUGGUUGGGUAUCCUGGGAAAAUUGUGAACAUGUUAUUCAGAAUACAUCACUCAACCUUUGAUGUAACAAGAGAAGGGGUGUGAGGGACUCUCCUCAUACUCAACAAUCAAGUCAUCUUUCAGUCGUAUUUUCCACCUCCCACAUAAACAGAACUGAGGGAUUUCAUCCUACUGUAACCAGCUGUUGAUAUCGUCCGUGUUGUGUCUGCAAACGAUCAAAGCAGUAAACCUAUCUUGGCUGUGCAGACCACAGACUCCAUUUUGCAAUGAUUGAGUAGAAAGCAGAACACAUUACCUGUAGGAUGUGCUGGUCCAUACGCCUACAGCAGGCCACAUGAUAUAACAGUGCACAUGAACAACACAAAGAUACAUGGCCAUGCAGGUGAAAUUAGUUACUGAUAGCCUGGCAGGUGAAUCCAUCCCUAGGCCUGUGGUAAUUUGACCUUCUGCAAAGCACUCAAAGAUUUCCUUCUCAUUGAAUUUUCAAACCGUACAUGUAAAUAUUCAUAAUGCUAUUCAGUAAAAUAUUUGUGUGUGUAAAGUAAAGCUUCCCACUGGGCACAACCUGGUUGAAUCAAUGUUUUAUCAACGUAAUUUGUCAAGGUAAUGUGACGUGGAAUCUAAAUGGAAAAUACAUUGGAUUUUCAAAAAGUCAUCCAAACUGUUGUUUUGAGGGUGAAAUUUCAACCACAGAAUUAUGUCAUCAUGGUAACCAAUUUUCAACCUUGUAUAAAAUAUGUUUAGUUUGUACCUUUGAAACAACGUCAGAUCUUCAACAUUAUAUCCACUAUCAGAAGAAAAAAAAUAGGCUUAGCAGAACCUCCUACUGGAGAGCAAAUGUAUCUACAGCUAUUGCAUUUGGGCUCCCAUCCAGGGGUUUAACCAAGCUCAGCUUUGAUAUUUGUCACUUACUACUACCAAUGUGUUACCGUGAGAAUUAUUAUUUAGAGAUUUCUUAAUAACUAAAUUUAUUCACUAUUGCUAUCGAAGUCAUUCCAAGUGGUGGGUUUAACAGUUCAAAUUAAAUUUAACCAUAUCGUAUAAGCGUUUGCGAAGAAAUCAAAAGCUAUUGUUUCAAUUCAGCCCAGGGUUCAACAAAACUAAACAAUACAUAUAGGCCUAGGAUUUCAAGCUUUAGUGAAAGUCAAAUUUAAUAUGUUGGAUUCACGUCUCCAUUUCAACCAGAAAAUCGAAGUUAAAAGAACAGGAAUAAAUCAAAUCGAACUUUAUUUAAAGUGCAUUUGAAGUUUGAUUUGAUAUAGUCCUGUUUUAUUACUUUUUGGUUACUUUUUGAUUUUUGGUUGAGAUGGAGAUAUUUGGUUGCGUUGACAACCAAAUACAAUUUAAUCUCACUUUUGCAAUAAAGUAAAUAGCCUAUUAACUUGUCUACAUGUUGGAUUCACGUCUCCAACUAAACCAAAAAUAAAAGCUAAAGAAUAGGAUUAAGCCAGUGGCUCAGAUGAAACUUUUCAAGCGUUAGAUACAUCUCCUUUAAAAUGUUGAUAUUUGUUUGUCAACCAACACAAUUCAAUAUGACUUUUGUAAUGCAGUAAAUAGCCUAAAGUUAAGGUUAUGGAACAGUUUUUAUUCAACUCAUCCAUGGCCACAUUUAGAGGUUACUGUAACUCUAAAAGUCUUAUUAUGUCAUCAUAGAAAGUGUGCAUGUUCAGGAUAGCAUGCAAAGGUCACAGGUCUGUGGAGAUCUUCACAAUAUUAAUGAACAAAUAUUAACAAAUUAAUUAUAUUAUAUAUUAACAAAUAUAAUUAACAAAUGAACAAAUAUUGUAAUAUAAUCUCAACUACAAUCCAGGUCAUUUGGUAGUGCUAUUAGAUGAAGCACAGUGAUAACACGUUAAAAUGUUGUAUAAAUACAACGUAUCUGACAUUGUAAUCCCAUUCGAAAUUUGUUGGGUUUUUAAAUGGAUGAAAUUGAAGUCGUAUGUAACGGCUGUCAUCGGUGGAAGAAGGUGAGGACCAAGGUGCAGCGUGGUAAGUGUUCAUGAUCUUUAAUAAUAAUCAAAACUGAACACUGACUAACAAAACAACAAAGAAACAACCGAAAACAGUUCUGUCUGGUGCAGACACACAAAGACUGAAAAUAACCACCCAUAAAACCCAACAGAAAACAGGCUACCUAAAUAUGGUUCCCAAUCAGGGACAACGAUUGACAGCUGCCUCUGAUUGAGAACCAUAUCAGGCCAAACACAGAAAUAGAAAAUCAUAGAAAAACUAACAUAGACAACCCACCCAACUCACGCCCUGACCAUACUAAAACAAAAGACAAAACAAAGGAACUAAGGUCAGAACGUGAUAUCGUAACACAUUUAGAUGACAACUAAACCAAAAAUCUGACAUUGUUUUUCCAUAGGAAUUUGGUUGUGCUUUUAGAUGGUUGAACGCAUAUGAUAACACAUUUGGGAAUUCAACAAAAUUCUGGCUGUCUUUUUGAGUGGGUAAAUAAAGGUUGAAAUUUCAUUGAGCAACGUCUCAACCAAAAAUUAGCCACAUUUCCAUGUUGAAAUAACGUGGUGUGGCCAGUGGGUUAGGCUACCCUACUUUUCAACACAUGUCCCUGCUGUAUCAUUCAAGAUGAAUCUGGUCCAUCUGGCAGAUCUAGCCAUUACUGGUAUUGCAGAGAGCUUACUGUACAUUUAAUACGGCUCUAUGUACAUUAAAUAUGACCCGGAGGAUAAAAAAUAUGAAUAGGCAUCUCUCUUACAAGCUGCUCCCAGGAGAGCUUGGAUUUUCAUAUCAGCAAGUUUCUAGGCAACCGUUCCAAAGCUAUAUUUAUACCAUAUACAGUACAGCAUGUUUGCUAAGAGAUUCACACCAAGUGGACUUGAUCUCCAUCCAGGAAACAGUCAGAAACACCAGUAUAUGGGAGGAAUAGUUUGUAUGGUGGUGCACUGGAGAAGCAAAACUAGUGCAAGUUAAGAGCUUCAAAGAAAUCACUCCAACCAUCGACAUUAGGAUUGAUACAGCAUUAUGGAUGAAUGACCAGUACAGGUUGAAUUCAGGUCUUAGUACAGUGUAGUGGAUGGAGGCUGGGUUGGAUGCCCUGAGGGCUCGAAUGUACUGAUUCCCUGUACUGCAGUACCAGGACAUAAUGUUCAAACGCUAUUGGGACACAACCGAAAUGACGGGGGCCGAGGUAUUUCAUCCUUACAUAAUGGAUCCAAUUUGUUCUUUCAGAUGGGUUUAUUCUGUUCUCUGCCCAAUGCCAUUGUCACAGUAUGCAGGGCCACAUGUUUGCAACAUGUGCGUAAACAAACAAACACACACACUCAGAAACAUGUGCAAUGCUUUCAGCAUGUUUUUGUUUUUCUUCAGAUAAAGAAACUGUUGUUUAUUUGCAGAUAUGGGGUCUCCAAGCUUUCAAACAACUUCACUUGAAAAAUAAGUGCUGUCCAACAGGUGGACAGUAGCCUAUGCCAACUCCAAUGGUGUGAAUUAUCAGUGUUGAGAGCCACAGCUGGAGUGAAGAGGAUAAAGGGGAAUGAAGUGAGAGAGAGCUGCAGUGCCAGUGCCAGUGCCAGUGCCAGCGACACUCCACAAGAGAAACAACAAGAACAAGAAUCCCACUCUGGGGCCGUAGCCAUGGAGACCAGCCAGCUUUCAGAGACGGACGACCUAACAGACUAUAAAAUGGAUUCUGGGGAAACGGAGGACCAGAGACGUCUGCUUAGUGAGAGCGAGGAAGAAUGUGACCAAGAACCUUUCGCAGAAUACAGAGGAACAAAAGAGAACAUAAAAACGUCAGUGGAUGAACCAGACGAGGACAAUGAAAAUGUGGAUGGAAACAGAGAGGAGGGGAUUCUCAACUUUGGGACAGGACAAGAUGACUUCAGUCUAAAAGAGUUACUCAACUCCUCAAGUAUAUUUGGGAGUGAACCCGUUUGCAAGGUGGAAGACCUGCUUGCAGAAGAUGACAUGGACAACUCUGCUCCAUCAGAAGUGAUGGUGACACAAGAGUCCAUCUUGGAGCAGCUUAUCCGAGAGGAGGUCUCCUCUGACGUUUCUACGGGGUCCUGUCAUGACCUUGACCGAGACGACCUGAGUGACUGUCUGCAGGUAGAAAUGGCCAUCGUGUCAUCAGACAGUGAGACUGAUGACCAAUGGAGGUCCACUUUUGCAUCUACAGUCAACAAGGAGGAAAGGUGUGACGGAAAUGCUCAAGAUGCUCCCGAGAAGGACAAAGCUGCAGGGGAGGCAGAGAAUGGGGCCAAGGAUGAAACUGCAGAUAGUCCUCAUGAGCUUGAACAACCCGAUUGCCCCACAGAAUGCGAGAUCCAAGACCAAGAUAUGUCCUCUGGCCAGUUCAAGGUCUUAUCAGAGAUUCCAGAGGAUGAGGAAGAGGCCAGCCAAGGCGGAGCUUGCAAAGUACGUCGUUCUACAUCUGCAAGCUCUUCUGUAAGCUCUGACCCUGACAAGAAGGUUCCUCAAGACUACUGUGUGAUACAAGAAAUGACGAGCAAGAACGUUAGUACAGAACAUGUGGACUUCCAGGGGGCUCGGAAGCAGUGGCGCCAAAUGGAGGAGCAGACCAAAGGACAGGUCCAGGUCCACCAGCCCACUGUCAGACAGCAGGGGAUGUGCCAGGGAGGCCACAGCGCCAUGUACACACCCGUCAGGAACAUCGACCGACCCAGGAGGGACACCGAACUCGACAGCCUCGCCCUGGGUGACUUUCAUCACACCCAGUUUAGCCCAUGUUCAGAAGACUCAGGUCUGGAUGACCUCAGCUACAGGUCCCCUUACGAGGACUCAGACAACCCUGUCGAAAGGGAGAUACGACAAACCAUAGAGCGCGAGGAAAACUUCAGGCGGGAGAGAGGGAUCGCGAAACAGGGUCAAGCUGGAGAAUCAUCUGCACAUCCCAGACCAACCACUCUCUACCCCGGCAAGUACGGGAAAGGUUUUUGCCAGGAGGUGGAGGAGAAACGGAAGAUGUUUGACUCUAGUGAUCCCGGAUGCAGGCCAUUGAGGUCUCUCGACGCAAAAACCCCAACCUUCUCCAUAGCCACCUCCCCCUCACCCACACCAAGGUGUGCGACCUACCACGAAAUGACCGCCCAAAACGUGAUCAUCCUGGAGCCAGACUCCUACCCCACCAGCCCAAGGCACCGCACCCGAGGAUCCCUGCUCUCCCCGGGUUCCAGCCGUUACAGCGAGUGGCCUUUGGAGACGUCAGCCAACGUCAUCAUUCUAGAGACGUCCAACCUGAUCAUUCGAAGCGCCUCAGAGUUCUGCCUGAGCUCGGCCUCCUGCCAGGAGACCCAGGAGAGCACAUUUGUCAACAACCCCUUCUUCAAACUGCGCUCGCGGAGCUCCAUGUCCCUGGUGGAUCAGGAGAUUAAGAUGGUGAAGCAGAGGGAGGAGGAGUGGAGGAGGCAGAGGAGCCAGAUGCACACCAGGGAGAAGUAUGACACUGUUGUGGUGUCCCCCAACCUGGAGAACCUGAGCUUUGAUACAGCAGACGUGCCGCUGAAAUGUGUGUCUUCCCCUUCAUCACCAUCAAGGACUCGAAAGCUGGACCGCUCCACCCUGUCAUGUGACCAUAGGUUCCCAGAAUCACUCUCCACAUUACCAAGGAAAAAGAAUGCCAUGGCUCAGAGAUGGGAGGCAAGACUAUUUGUCAACCACGAACAAGAGUGAAGAACACCAAACCUGAAUAAUCCCAUUCCAUAUUACUACAGCUGCCAACUUCCUGAACUUUGCUAGAUGUUUCCAGUUCUAUUAUUGAUACAGCUUGAAUAUAUGUAUUCAUUACUGGUACUGUACUUUUAAAGUUAUUGUGAAAUAAAAUAUGUAAUUGGUAUUGUAAGAGAUAUGACACAAUGUAAUGAACAUAGAUGGACUACCGGAUGAGUACAUUACGAUAUUGUUCAGUUAAGAUCUUUACAUAUUUUUAAGUACUGUCUUGGUUAUACAAAAGAAAGAUAUUUAUGGUAUUUUCGUAUUGUAUUUUCUUCUAAAUAGAGUUUAAACUAAAGAGGCAAUAGAAUAUUAUGAUAAAUGUGGUAAUCCAAAGCAGUAAAAAACAAAUCUAUUAUUGUUCUAAAAUAAAGAAUGCAUAUUAUAAUUACCUGUAUAAUUAACUUAAUUUAAAAUGUUUAAUAUGAUAGCCACUUAUAGUAUAGGAUAUUCAAAGCUUGACCUGACAUUGCCAUUUUGAGAUGCCUUUUUCAACUAUAUUACUGUUUUUUAUGCUUCACAAUGUGAUCUUUUUUGUUUGCAGGUGGUCUAGUAUUAUGUACUAAACUAAUGCAAAACUCCAAGGUGAAUACUUUAAAGUUUAAAUUGCAUUCUCUGUUAUUUUAAGUGUUAAGUUGUUCCAUGGAGAUUUCGCUUUUGUUUGUUUUUGUUAUUCUCAAUUGAUAAUUCUGCAUCAAAAUAAAGUUGUAUUGACAUUAAGGAAAAUAA